AUGGGUGCUCAAACUGGUAUGACAACUGUACCUCACGCAAGUGGUCACUGUCAAAGCCCGACCAAGCCACUGCUGCAAGGCCACGAGGUCCCAGCUAAAUCAUGGUGGAGGCAAAGUUAUAAGCUCUUCAGAGCAAGUAGUCUUGAUGCUCUGAUCACAACUCUGACGGCACCUGCUCCAUUUGCAGAUGAAACAAGCUGUCAGUGCCAAGCCCCACACGAGAAGCUAACCAUUGCACAAGCCCGCCUGGGAACACCAGUUGACAGACCUGUCAGAGUGUAUGCAGAUGGGAUAUUUGACCUCUUCCACUCUGGCCAUGCUAGAGCUCUUAUGCAAGCCAAAACUCUGUUCCCAAAUAGCUACUUAUUAGUAGGAGUUUGCAGUGAUGAUUUAACUCAUAAAUUCAAAGGCUUCACUGUGAUGAAUGAAACUGAGCGGUAUGAAGCCCUCAGGCACUGUCGUUAUGUGGAUGAGGUCAUCAGAGAUGCACCCUGGACACUGACACCCGAGUUCCUUGAAAAACAUAAGAUUGACUUUGUAGCCCACGAUGACAUCCCAUACUCCUCCGCUGGCUCGGAUGAUGUAUACAAACACAUAAAGGAGGCAGGAAUGUUCGUACCAACGCAGAGAACCGAAGGUAUCUCGACAUCGGAUAUCAUCACAAGGAUCGUCCGGGACUACGACGUGUACGCCCGGCGCAACCUCCAACGAGGAUACACUGCCAAAGAGCUGAAUGUUAGUUUUAUAAAUGAGAAGAAAUACCGCUUUCAAAACCAAGUAGACAAAAUGAAAGAAAAAGUCAAGAAUGUGGAGGAAAAAUCAAAAGAAUUCGUUUACAAGGUGGAAGAGAAGAGCCAUGACCUCAUUCAGAAAUGGGAAGAAAAGUCCAGGGAAUUUAUUGGCAACUUUUUAGAGCUGUUUGGACCCGACGGGGCCUGGAAGCAGAUGUUCCAGGAACGAAGUGGCCGAAUGCUCCAGGCUUUUUCUCCCCGGCAGAGCCCGAACAGCAGUCCUACGCGAGGCCGUUCUCCAUCCCGUUCUCCAUCUCCACCCUGGGUCUUCAAUAAAGCCUCCCCUCCCUCUUCUCCAAAAGCUGCGUCUGCCUCCCUCAGCAGCAUGAGUGAGGGAGACGAGGAUGAAAAGUAAAAUAAAGAUAUAUUUUUUUAACCAUGAGACAGAAGAACAAGCUAUGAACUCAACCGCUGAAUGGGGAGAAGUGUGAGGAACAUCUGGGGUAUCUCUGACAGCAGGGAACGUGCUCUGGGAGAAGAUGCUGAAAACGGACUGGAGCACAGCAAGCGAGAUCUCAGGAAGAGCUUAUCCCAUCCCCACUCCCUGGCGGUGCCUGGAGGCCCGGCCAGCAGUGCUUGCCAGACACGGUACCGAGGACUGACAGAAAAACAUACACCUUUCUGCAAGUUCCUGUCCAUGCGUUGCUGCUUACAGCUGCCGCGGCCAGGCCGGGUCGGCGGGGAACUCUGCACCGAGUGGGGCUGGCGGGAGGAGCCCUGUCGGCUCCUGGUCUGGACCCGGCAUGCAGGCAUGCGACGGCUGCGGC